UGGUAUAAAUUAAUUAUUUUCUUGAAACUAACUACUAUUUUUGUUCAAUCUUGAUCCAGAAUUGGUAUAGCAAGUUACAGAUCAGGUAGCAGAACAUGGCUAACAUGCCUACGUGUUUUAUUUCAAUGUUAUUCUACAUGCUCGUACUUCUCGCGUUCGCACACGUACACGCGGAAUUUAACUACACGUUUGAUACUGGUGACGACAAUAGUUACUUUCUACUGGAGGAAGAUGAGGUCAGGAUACUGAAUCUUACGAUCACCGUCUCAGAGGACAUCACACUUUCAUUUACGUCAUCUGACGAGUCAGCAUUCAAUGUUCUAAACGGCAAAGAGUACGUUUAUGCUGCCGAUUCACCGGUCACCGUACAGAUAGAAAUUCAAGGGGUGUUCGUCAGUGUUGAAAAACUCCGGAUCGAGAUUACUCAGGGGGUAGAAGACUAUACAAUACCGGACUUUACCAUCAAGGUUCUCCGACCGUACUCAGUGUUAAGUGAUAUUUUCACUUACGCACUGCUUCUGUGGCUGUUGAUAUCGUAUGUUACAAUGGGAACUAAAAUGGAUUUCUCUAUAAUUAAGACGAAAUUUAAGCCACCGACUGGAAUAACAAUUGGGUUAAUUUGCCAGUUCUUCCUAAUGCCACUUUUAGCUUAUGGAUUAGCAAACGCGUUUAAACUGUCGAAUGAAUCGUCUGUUGGGUUGAUCCUUGAUGGCACGUGUCCAGGUGGUUGGCUUAGUAAUAUAUUUAGUCUCCUGUUGGAUUGUGACUUUGUGCUCAGCCUCACAAUGACAUUCUCGUCGACUAUACUCGCCCUUGGGAUGAUGCCUCUGAACUUGUUCAUCUACACACGGACAUUCACAGACGAUAACGACGAUUUGAAGACUCCAUUUUUCGAGCUAGCGCAACAGCUUCUGAUCUUGGUUAUCCCUGUCGGUAUCGGAAUUAUUAUUCUCUACAAGUUUCCGAAGGCGACCGAGAUAUGCGAAAAGCUACUUAAACCAUUUGCCACAUUUCUGAUAGUCAUCGCUUUGGGUCUGGGCAUACCAGCUGAGUUUUAUGUGUUUCUUUCACCGUGGGAGAUAUGGAUGUCGUCUGCUCUCUUCCCUCUCAUCGGAUCCAUUCUAGGUCUAACAUUUGCACUGAUCGGCCGUUUAGACAGGCAAUCGGCUGUAACAGUCGCCCUGGAGGUCGGUGUACAGAACAGUCUGCUCGCUAAGACCAUGGUGGAUCUGGCCUACCCUGAACCAGAGUCGGAUCUGAUCGCUAGGAUUCCGCUCCUUAUAGCUCUUCUUACUCUUAUCGAAGGCACUAUUAUCACCGCUGUAUAUAUUCUCGUCAAGCGUCUCUGUCACAAAGAAGAGGACGAAGCCGAUCUUGUCAAGGAUAAAAAAGACGUAGAGCUAACCAAUGGGAAUAAAACCGGAGAGCCUAAAACUGAUAUUGAGGCUGGUGCCCAAUCUAAUCCAGGCUUUACGCCAGAAGCUAAUAUGUAGAUCGUGUUAUAACAUUUGGAAUCUCUUACGCCAGGCACUCACUGCGUCAAAUGGUCGUCGCCAACGAGACUAUGCGGAAAACGCAACGCCAUGACGCGCGCGCAACAGGAUCGUUUUUAAAGACGAUCUAUUCAGACUACCACCGACAAUUAGCAGACGGCGUCGCGUCGUCUAACGCUCACAGAGGAGUACAGGAGUAAUUGGCAAACCUCUGUACUUAUUGAGUUAUGCCAACAUUUUUACUGAUUCUUUAUAUUUUUCUAUACAUUUUAAAAAUUGUAACUUAUUAUUAUUAUUAUUAUUAUUAUUAUUAUUAUUAUUAUUAUUGAUAUUAUUAUUAUUAUUACUAUUA